AUGUACAAGAGAGCUGGACGGGCGCACGACUCGGGGGGUAUUGCUAGCACUCCCGAGGGCGGCGCCGCAAUGGAGUGCCCGGCCUGCCCACGACCCGAUUGGCAUAUACCGGACUCGUGGAUCUCCAGUCCGCUUGAAUGGUUGUAUCAGCGUUACCUUGCCAUAGACGCUAACUUCCGCCUAUCGAACCGAUUCUCCCGUUCUACCGAGAAGAGCGAUCCUUGUUUGAAUGAUGGACGAGCCUACAUGAUUUCCGCGGUGCAGUUCGAGGCGUAUUUGAAGGAGCUCGACAAGGACAAGGACGGCAACGAUAUUGAGCAGAUCAACCCGAUAUUCUCGGUUCUAUUCGACGCAGCGCAGGUCGUACUUGAGAAGACGAGGACGUUCGUCGUCCCGAAUUUCCACCUAUAUGCGCAUAAAUUCUGGUGCUUCUGUCGGCACAACUUCUUGUACACGCCGGGCGUCGCGCAGACGGAUGGAGAGGGUUGCGAGCGGGUCUGGGCGGGAACGAACGGCGCUCAGGGAAGCAUACGCGAGUCGGGCGUUGGCGCUUGGCGCGACAUGAUGGACGACAUCUGCCAGGCCUGGAAUCAAAAGAAAGCCUGCGGUUUGGGUACGUACAAUGAUUACGAAGAGCAUAAAAGAGGCGCUUCAAUAGGCGUACAUGCACUGCAAGAUAUACUCGAUCUCACAGCGCUCGUCAUCAAUGACACCCACGACAAAUACAAGAAGUUCUCGAAAAGGCUGGAGAGGUGGGACGCCGAUGGCCAGAAGGGAAAGGACUGCCCUUACGAGCAUACGUUACCUACGCUCCCCGAGCUUACUCGGAGGGCCGAAUCCGAGGUUGACCUGGUCACCGCGCCGAAAAGGGCGCAGCGAAGCGAAGAGAUCUUGCUGGCUCCCCACACGAGCGCAUCCGCGAUAUCGCCUGCUACGGGAACGCUGGCGGAUAAAGAUCCAGUACAGGCUGAGGGCGCAGGCGCAUCUGCAGACUUGGCGCAGGGCAUGGGCGCAGGGGGUGUAGGCGCCACGAGCGGCGAGACGGCGACGGCGUCGACGUGGGCCCGUGAACCUCACGACAGAAGGUUGUCGUUUGAGCGAGAGGCGCUUCUGCAAGAACUGGCAGACGUCGAGGCGAAUGAGGAGCGGGUGAAGUGGCUGAUGCUGGGGAUGAAGCUUGAGGAUGACAGACAACGUCUCAAGAGCGACGCGCCGAACGACAGUCCCGACGUCAAGGCCAGCCGGGAGGACGCGCUCUACGAAGCUCUUUUGCGCUUUCGGAAGGAGCAAGAUCGUCAUAUGCCCGGCUUCUUGGUGACAUUACCGACAGAGUGGCGCGACCCGCGAGAGGAGGAUGCCACCAAGACGCCGCUAUCGAUGCUGAGACGUGGCAGAUGGGUGGAGAAACUCGGCGCUCUGUCCAUCUGGGAGAUGCGCGUGCGGCUAGCGAACAUGGAUGGCUUGUUGGACGAACUCCGGCUGUCGCUGCGACUACGGGUCGCGUUGAACAAGCAAGGCGCGUUAUUGGUCGAUGGGAGAUGGGUCGUGAGCGACGAUGCAGGUGGUCGUUAUUGCGGCGACGUGGGAGGUAGGCCGUAUAGUCGCGGCAGAGGGAAGACGCGGUCACCCUGCACGUCACCGGCCACGCUCUUUGCGUCCAUGGGAUUCCUCAUGCACUGUACUUCAGAACGAUGA